GCCACUUUAGUUGAGCAGUGUUGGCGGCGGGAAAGGGGGGGCUGCUGCUGGCGCUGGCUGAGUCCCGGAGAUCGGUGAAGGAGAGAUAAACAAUAAGUGAACCUCUUCACCGAAGCAAUGUCCACCCCUGAUCCGCCUAUGGGCGGUACCCCUAGGCCCGUCCAGUCCCCUGGUCCGGGCCCAUCUCCUGGUGCUAUGCUGGGCCCUAGCCCUGGCCCAUCUCCUGGAUCUGCACACAGCAUGAUGGGACCAAGCCCUGGACCACCAAUUCCCCCUCAAGGACCCAGUGGAUAUCCUCCAGAAAACAUGCACCAGAUGCAUAAGCCCAUGGAGUCCAUGCAUGAGAAGCCUAUGCCGGAGGACCCACGUUAUAACCAGAUGAAGGGAAUGGCGAUGCGGCCUGGUGGCCAUGCUGGUAUGGGGCCACCACCAAGUCCAAUGGACCAACACUCACAAGGUUACCCCUCACCACUGGGCAGCUCUGAACAUGUCGCAAGCCCAGUGCCCUCUAAUGGCCCUCCCUCUGGGCCGUUGCCUUCUGGUUCAGGUGGAGUGAACAUGGAGAACGCGGAUCCUCAGCAGCCACAGCAGCAGCCCCAGCAGCAGACGAGCCGCAGCCCAACACCGUUUAAUCAGAACCAGCUGCACCAGUUGCGGGCGCAGAUAAUGGCGUACAAAAUGCUGGCCAGAGGGCAGCCAAUACCUGAUCAACUACAGAUGGCGGUACAAGGCAAGAGGCCUUUGCCAGGCAUGCAGCCACAGAUGACGACAAUACCUCCACCUGCAGCUUCUGGGACUGGACCUGUGCCCGCCCCGGGGCCAGCACCACCCAGCUACAACAGACCUCACGGAAUGGCUGGACCAGCCAUGCCACCUCCAGGACCUUCAGGUGCCCCUCCUGUAAUGCCAGGGCAUCCUCCUGGGGCACCCCUUAAGCCCUGGCCUGAAGGUCCCAUGGCCAAUGCUGCGGCGCCCGCUACUGCACCUCAGAAGUUGAUUCCUCCACAGCCAACUGGUCGCCCUUCACCUGCACCCCCAGCAGUGCCACCUGCAGCGUCUCCCGUCAUGCCACCCCAGACACAGUCCCCGGGUCAGCCAGCCCAACCCCCACCUAUGGUUCAGUUUCAUCCCAAAGCCAAUCGUAUUACUCCUAUCCAAAAACCUAGAGGCUUGGAUCCAGUCGAAGUGCUACAAGAACGUGAAUAUCGACUUCAGGCUCGCAUUGCACAUAGGAUCCAGGAAUUGGAGAAUCUCCCAGGGUCUUUAGCUGGUGACCUUAGGACCAAAGCAACAAUAGAACUAAAAGCUCUGAGACUCCUAAACUUCCAAAGACAGCUCCGACAAGAGGUUGUGGUCUGUAUGAGGAGAGACACUGCCCUGGAAACUGCUUUGAAUGCCAAGGCUUACAAGCGAAGCAAGCGGCAGUCUCUACGUGAGGCCAGGAUCACAGAGAAGCUGGAGAAACAGCAGAAGAUUGAGCAGGAACGCAAGAGGCGGCAAAAGCACCAGGAAUAUCUGAAUAGCAUCCUCCAGCAUGCGAAGGACUUCAAGGAGUUCCACCGCUCUGUCACAGGGAAGGUCCAGAAACUGACCAAGGCUGUGGCCACGUACCAUGCCAACACGGAGCGAGAACAGAAGAAAGAGAACGAGAGGAUUGAGAAGGAGAGAAUGCGUCGUCUCAUGGCAGAAGAUGAGGAGGGCUACAGGAAGCUGAUUGACCAAAAGAAGGACAAGCGCUUGGCCUACCUCCUGCAGCAGACCGACGAGUACGUGGCCAACCUGACGGAGCUGGUGAGGCAGCACAAAGCUGCCCAGGUACUAAAGGAGAAGAAGAGGAGGAAAAAGAAAAAGACACCAGAGAAUGCAGAAGGACAACAGCCUGUACUUGGCCCUGACGGAGAGCCUUUGGAUGAGACCAGCCAGAUGAGCGACCUUCCUGUCAAAGUUAUGCAUGUAGAAAGCGGGAAGAUCUUGACUGGUGCAGAUGCUCCAAAGGCAGGACAGCUAGAAGCCUGGCUGGAGAUGAAUCCGGGAUAUGAAGUUGCUCCGAGAUCUGACAGCGAGGAGAGUGGAUCCGAUGAGGAGGAGGAGGUGAGAGAUCUGCUUAGAGAAGAGGAGGAGCAGACAGCGCCCCCUGUUGCCUCUGUACCUUCAGUGGAGGAGAAGAAGAUUCCCAACCCGGAUAGUGACGAUGUUUCGGAAAUCUACGCUCGAGAGAUUAUCGAGAGUGCCAAGCAGGACGUGGAUGACGAGUACAGUCAGCAGGUUGAGGCCGGCCUGCAGUCAUACUACGCUGUAGCUCAUGCUGUGACUGAGAGGGUAGAUAAGCAGUCCACUCUGCUGGUCAAUGGAAUCCUCAAACAGUACCAGAUCAAGGGUCUGGAGUGGCUGGUCUCUUUGUACAACAAUAACCUGAAUGGUAUCCUCGCUGAUGAAAUGGGUCUGGGGAAGACUAUUCAGACCAUCGCUCUGAUCACAUACCUCAUGGAACACAAGCGCAUCAAUGGCCCCUUCCUCAUCAUAGUUCCUUUAUCGACACUGUCUAACUGGGUUUAUGAGUUUGACAAGUGGGGGCCAUCUGUGGUGAAGGUGUCCUACAAGGGGUCUCCUGCUGCUCGUCGCGCUUUUGUUCCUAUUCUCCGUAGCGGAAAGUUUAACGUUCUCCUCACUACAUAUGAAUACAUUAUUAAGGACAAGCACAUCCUGGCCAAGAUCCGUUGGAAGUACAUGAUUGUAGAUGAAGGUCACCGCAUGAAGAACCAUCACUGUAAGCUGACACAGGUCCUUAACACCCAUUAUGUGGCCCCGCGUCGCUUACUGCUCACCGGGACGCCUCUGCAGAACAAGCUGCCGGAGUUGUGGGCUCUUCUGAACUUCCUGCUCCCGACCAUCUUCAAAAGCUGCAGCACCUUUGAGCAGUGGUUCAAUGCUCCUUUUGCCAUGACUGGAGAGAAGGUGGAUCUAAAUGAAGAAGAAACCAUCCUGAUCAUCCGCCGUCUGCACAAGGUGCUGCGUCCCUUCUUACUGCGCAGACUAAAGAAGGAGGUGGAGGCUCAGCUGCCAGAGAAGGUGGAAUAUGUGAUCAAAUGUGACAUGUCUGCAUUACAAAGGGUCUUGUACAGGCACAUGCAGGCCAAGGGCAUUCUCCUCACAGACGGAUCAGAGAAGGACAAAAAGGGUAAAGGUGGUACCAAGACCCUCAUGAAUACCAUUAUGCAGCUUAGAAAAAUCUGCAACCACCCAUACAUGUUCCAACACAUAGAGGAAUCCUUUUCUGAACACUUGGGUUUCACAGGAGGCAUUGUGCAGGGGCAGGACCUCUACCGGGCCUCUGGAAAGUUUGAGCUGCUAGACCGCAUCCUUCCCAAGCUUCGAGCCACCAACCACAAAGUCCUGCUCUUCUGUCAGAUGACCACACUCAUGACAAUCAUGGAAGACUACUUUGCUUAUCGUGGCUUUAAAUACCUCAGAUUAGAUGGAACCACAAAAGCAGAAGACCGUGGUAUGUUACUGAAGACCUUUAAUGAGCCAGGUUCAGAAUACUUCAUCUUCCUGCUCAGUACCCGUGCAGGUGGUUUAGGUCUUAACUUGCAGUCUGCUGACACGGUUAUCAUAUUUGACAGUGACUGGAAUCCGCAUCAGGAUUUGCAGGCCCAGGAUCGGGCUCAUCGUAUUGGACAGCAGAACGAGGUACGAGUGUUGCGUCUGUGCACAGUGAACAGUGUGGAAGAGAAAAUCCUGGCAGCAGCUAAGUACAAGCUGAAUGUGGACCAAAAAGUCAUCCAGGCUGGAAUGUUUGAUCAAAAAUCAUCCAGCCACGAGAGGAAAGCGUUCCUGCAGGCCAUCCUGGAACACGAGGAGCAGGAUGAGGUGUGUACGGAUUCUGACCAGCGCGACAGAUGGGGAGGGAAGGAAGAAGAUGAGGUACCAGAUGAUGAAACGGUUAAUCAGAUGAUUGCCAGACACGAGGAAGAAUUUGAUUUGUUUAUGAGAAUGGAUCUAGACAGGCGGCGAGAAGAGGCCCGCAAUCCUAAACGCAAGCCCCGGUUAAUGGAGGAGGACGAGCUUCCAUCCUGGAUCAUUAAAGACGAUGCUGAAGUUGAACGUCUGACAUGUGAAGAGGAGGAGGAGAAGAUGUUUGGACGUGGAUCCCGUAACCGAAAGGAAGUGGACUACAGCGACUCCCUGACUGAGAAGCAGUGGCUGAAGGCCAUUGAGGAAGGUACUUUAGAGGAGAUCGAAGAGGAGGUACGUCAGAAAAAGACCACCCGUAAGCGCAAAAGAGAUGUGGACCCCCCCUGCACCCCAACUACCAGCACGCGAAACAGGGAGAAGGAGGAUGAUGGGAGGAAGAAAAAAAGAGGGCGACCUCCAGCAGAAAAGCUUUCCCCCAACCCUCCCAACCUCACCAAGAAAAUGAAGAAGAUCGUAGAUGCCGUUAUCAAGUAUAAGGACAGGCUUAAUGACUCUGUCUCCUAUCUUAGUGGCAGCGGACGGCAGCUUAGUGAAGUUUUCAUCCAGCUUCCAUCUCGUAAAGAACUCCCAGAGUAUUAUGAGCUGAUCCGGAAGCCGGUGGACUUCAGAAAGAUUAAGGAGAGAAUCAGGAAUCAUAAGUACCGCAGUCUGAAUGAUCUGGAGAAGGAUGUUAUGCUGCUCUGUCAGAAUGCGCAGACCUUCAACCUGGAGGGCUCCCUGAUAUACGAAGACUCCAUUGUGUUGCAGUCAGUCUUUACUAGUGUUAGGCAGAAGAUUGAGAAAGAGGAGGAAAGUGAGGGAGAUGAUAGCGAAGAAGACGAGGAAGCAGAGGAGGAAGGGUCAGAAUCUGAGUCUCGCUCAGUCAAAGUGAAAAUUAAACUCGGACGUAAGGAGAAGAUGCAGGAGCGGAUGAAGGGGCGCAGGCGCACCAGCCGAGGUUGUAGGGCCAAGCCUGUAGUCAGUGAUGAUGAUAGUGAAGAGGACCAAGAAGAGGACCGCUCAGGAAGUGGCACAGAAGACGACUGAUACUUACAGGACAUUCCGACUUAACGCUCCGUCUCAUUCCACUGCGUGCCACCAAAACGCCUAUUCCACCACCUCCCCCCUUUGCCCCUUUUCUCUUUCCGUAGGACGCUAACGGGUAGCCUGAAAUGUAGUGAACUGUACAAAAAUAAAAUUCUUCCAUAUUUAUAUAACUGAGGAGUUCUAGGGACGUGUACCGCCUGUAGCAUCUUCUUAAAAGCAUUAACUAUCUGGCCGCACCACUAGGCCUCUCAGGAUAGGUUAAGAGGAAUAAGACUUUUGAUUAUAUAUAAAUAUAUUUUUUUUUUAUUAUGGCAGUACUGUUUGAGUUACAGUAUGGGAAUCACUGUAGUGUCAGCCGUGGAUGCAUGCAGGUAGCAAUCCACUCAUUAGUACUGUAUUUUACAAAAAACAGGUCAGAAUAAAAGCCGUGUCCCCCUCCCCCUUCUCGCACUGUACAGGGAGGGGUGCGGCGGUGGUAGCUGUAUGUAUGUGUGUCAGUGUCACUGGAUUUCAAACAGUUAUAAAUUAAAACCAGAUGAAAUACCUCGCCCAGUUUACUUGUAUCUUUCUGUAUACAUUUCUUUUUUUGUUUUUAAUGUCGUGGGACAAAAUUUAAAUAAAAUGAAGUAUUCAUAAAUAGAGGAGACAUGGAGCCGUCUGUCAUCUUUACUAUGUAGAAGGGGAGAAGGAAUGAGAGUCGUGCGUAGAGCUAUGGACAUGGUGAGGAUGAAUUCAAAAAUGGUAGAUUUGUUACAAAAAUUUCUGCAACUUCUAUUUAUCUAAAUGAGGCUGGCUUGGUGGGAAGACAUUUCCGCAUCAAAUCUGCAGGGGAAUAAUAACUUAGGACUCACACUGCGGACAUUCAGCUGGUGGAAUACCCAGAAUCGCCAUUCCCAGAUGUUUUUAUUUUGCUUUUCAAUUUUUUGGCAUGUCAUUAAAGAAAUCAGCCUGCUUGUAGUA